AAAUUGUUCCUCUCUUGUUUCAGAACUGUGGCAGCAGAAGUCAGGAAGCAGAUCUCGGGGCAGUAUGGCGGGUCUCCUCAACUUCUCAAAAACCUUAGCAUUGGAGGCAGCGUCUCCCAUCAUACAACUGUUCCACUUACGGAAGCUGUGGAUCCAGUGGAUUUGGAAGAUUACCUUAUUACACAUCCGCUUACAAUGGAUUCCGGACCUUUGAGGGACUUGCUUGAAUUUCCUCCAGAUGAUAUUGAAGUUGUGUACAGUCCUCGAGAAUGUAGGACUCUUGUGUCAGCUGUACCUGAAGAGAGUGAAAUGGACCCUCAUGUGAGGGAUUGUGUAAGAAGUUACACAGAAGAUUGGGCAAUUGUGAACAGAAAAUAUCACAAACUGGGAACCGGAUUUAAUCCCAACACAUUAGACAAACAGAAAGAGAGGCAAAAAGGGCUCCCCAAACAGAUCUUCGAGUCGGAUGAGGCUCCAGAUGGCAACAGUUACCAGGAUGAACAAGAUGACCUUAAAAGGCGUUCAAUGUCAAUAGAUGAUACUCCACGGGGCAGCUGGGCAUGCAGUAUUUUUGAUCUGAAGAACUCCCUUCCUGAUGCUCUUCUUCCAAACCUACUUGACCGAACCCCAAAUGAGGAAAUCGACCAUCAAAAUGAUGACCAGAGGAAGUCAAACAGACACAAGGAGCUUUUUGCAUUGCAUCCAGCACCAGAUGAGGAGGAGCCUAUUGAACGGCUUUGUGUCCCAGAAGUACCCAAAGAACAUUUUGGUCAGAGACUUCUUGUGAAGUGUUUGUCUCUUAAAUUUGAAAUUGAAAUUGAACCCAUUUUUGCAAGUUUGGCUUUGUAUGAUGUUAAAGAAAAGAAAAAGAUUUCAGAGAACUUCUACUUUGAUUUAAACUCUGAACAAAUGAAAGGAAUGCUGCGUCCUCAUGUCCCACCUGCUGCCAUUACCACUCUGGCCAGAUCAGCCAUCUUUUCUAUUACUUAUCCCUCUCAGGAUGUCUUUCUGGUAAUAAAGCUGGAAAAAGUAUUACAGCAGGGGGAUAUUGGCGAAUGUGCAGAGCCCUAUAUGAUUUUUAAAGAAGCUGAUGCGGCAAAGAAUAAGGAGAAACUGGAAAAGUUGAAAAGCCAAGCAGAACAGUUUUGCCAAAGACUAGGCAAAUAUCGAAUGCCUUUUGCCUGGACAGCCAUUCAUUUAAUGAACAUAGUCAGCAGUGCUGGAAGUUUGGAGAGAGAUUCCACAGAAGUAGAAAUUGGCACAGGAGAACGCAAAGGAUCUUGGUCAGAGAGACGGAAUUCCAGUAUUGUUGGAAGGCGUUCAUUAGAAAGGACAACCAGUGGAGAUGAAACUUGCAACCUUACUAGCUUUAGACCAGCUACUCUUACGGUGACAAACUUCUUUAAACAGGAAGGGGAUCGCUUAAGUGAUGAAGAUUUGUACAAGUUCCUUGCGGAUAUGAGAAGACCAUCUUCCGUUUUACGGAGGUUGAGACCCAUUACAGCUCAGCUGAAGAUAGACAUAUCUCCAGCCCCAGAGAAUCCUCAUUACUGUCUAACUCCAGAAUUGCUGCAAGUCAAACUGUACCCAGAUAGCAGAGUUAGACCUACAAGAGAGAUACUGGAGUUUCCUGCUAGGGAUGUGUAUAUUCCAAAUACUACUUACAGAAAUCUUCUGUAUGUCUACCCUCAGAGCCUUAACUUUGCCAACCGGCAGGGCUCUGCCAGGAAUAUCACUGUGAAAGUCCAGUUUAUGUACGGAGAGGAUCCAAGCAAUGCCAUGCCAGUUAUCUUUGGUAAAUCUAGCUGUCCUGAAUUUUCAAAAGAAGCAUACACAGCGGUAGUAUAUCAUAACAGAUCGCCUGAUUUUCAUGAAGAAAUCAAAAUUAAACUCCCUGCCACUUUAACUGAUCAUCACCACCUGCUUUUUACUUUCUAUCAUGUCAGUUGCCAACAAAAACAAAACACGCCUCUUGAGACGCCGGUUGGAUACACUUGGAUACCAAUGCUUCAAAAUGGACGUUUGAAGACUGGUCAGUUCUGCCUACCUGUUUCAUUGGAAAAACCACCACAGGCUUAUUCUGUGCUUUCUCCAGAGGUGCCCCUUCCUGGAAUGAAGUGGGUAGAUAAUCACAAAGGAGUUUUCAAUGUAGAAGUUGUUGCCGUAUCAUCCAUCCACACACAGGACCCUUACCUUGACAAAUUCUUUGCACUUGUUCAUGCUCUGGACGAGCACAUGUUUCCUGUGCGAAUAGGAGACAUGAGAAUUAUGGAGAACAAUUUGGAAAAUGAAUUGAAGAGCAGCAUUUCAGCUUUAAAUUCAUCUCAGCUGGAGCCGGUAGUGCGAUUUCUUCAUCUCCUGCUUGACAAGCUGAUUCUUCUGGUUGUGAGACCUCCUGUCAUUGCAGGCCAAAUAGUUAACCUGGGUCAAGCAUCUUUUGAAGCGAUGGCAUCAAUCAUAAACAGACUCCACAAAAACUUAGAAGGAAACCAGGACCAGCAUGGCCGAAACAACCUUCUCACUUCCUAUAUUUAUUAUGUUUUUCGUCUACCAAAUACCUAUCCCAAUUCACCUUCACCAGGUCCCGGUGGUUUGGGGGGAUCCGUGCAUUAUGCUACUAUGGCUCGAUCAGCUGUCCGACCAGCAAGCCUUAAUUUGAAUCGCUCAAGGAGUCUUAGUAACAGCAAUCCGGAUAUAUCUGGGACUCCGACCUCACCAGAUGAUGAAGUACGGUCAAUCAUUGGAAGUAAGGGUUUAGACCGCUCCAAUUCCUGGGUAAACACUGGUGGUCCCAAAGCUGCCCCAUGGGGAUCCAACCCCAGUCCAAGUGCAGAGUCAACACAGGCUACAGAUCGAAGUUGUAAUCGUAUGUCUUCGCACACAGAGACGUCAAGUUUCUUACAAACAUUAACAGGACGGUUACCAACUAAAAAGCUUUUUCAUGAAGAACUGGCCUUACAGUGGGUCGUCUGCAGUGGAAGCGUUCGGGAGGCAGCUUUACAGCAGGCGUGGUUUUUCUUCGAGCUUAUGGUGAAGAGUAUGGUGCAUCAUUUGUAUUUUGCUGACAAACUGGAUGCUCCAAGGAAGAAUCGUUUUCCGGAACGUUUUAUGGAUGACAUAUGUGCUCUGGUCAGCACAAUUGCCAAUGAUAUAGUCUCUCGGUUUCAGAAGGAUACAGAAAUGAUUGAAAGGCUCAACACCAGUCUUGCAUUUUUCCUCAAUGAUCUGCUGUCUAUCAUGGAUAGAGGGUUUGUCUUUAGCCUUAUUAAGGCCUGCUACAAACAGGUGUCUUCAAAGCUUUAUUCUUUACCAAAUCCAAGUAUCCUUGUAUCCUUGAGGCUGGACUUCCUCCGCAUUAUCUGCAGCCAUGAGCACUACGUCACCCUGAAUUUACCCUGUAGCCUACUCACGCCACCUGCAUCUCCCUCACCAUCUGUGUCUUCGGCAACUUCUCAGAGUUCUGGAUUCUCUACAAAUGUCCAAGACCAGAAGAUUGCAAAUAUGUUUGAAUUGUCUGUGCCUUUCCGCCAGCAGCAUUACUUGGCAGGGCUUGUGUUAACAGAGCUGGCUGUCAUUUUAGAUCCUGAUGCUGAAGGUUUGUUUGGAUUGCAUAAGAAGGUCAUCAAUAUGGUACACAAUUUACUGUCCAGUCACGACUCCGAUCCACGGUACUCUGACCCACAGGUAAAGGCCCGGGUGGCUAUGCUGUAUCUACCUCUGAUUGGCGUGAUCAUGGAAACCGUGCCUCAGCUAUAUGAUUUUACAGAGACUCACAAUCAGCGAGGAAGGCCAAGCUGCGUCACCGUCGACGAUUAUGAAAGCGAAGGUGGAAGCAUGAUAAGUCAGACAGUUGCCAUGGCCAUUGCAGGAACAUCUGUCCCCCAGCUCACCCGACCCAGUAGUUUUCUACUCACAUCAACGAGUGGUCGGCAGCACUCGACCUUCUCAGCAGAAUCCAGCCGGAGCCUCUUGAUCUGCCUCUUGUGGGUUCUCAGGAAUGCCGACGAAAGCGUCCUGCAGAAAUGGUUCACAGACCUCUCCGUGCUGCAGCUCAAUCGCUUGCUGGAUUUGCUGUAUCUCUGCGUCUCCUGUUUUGAGUACAAGGGCAAGAAAGUGUUUGAAAGGAUGAACAGUCUGACAUUUAAGAAGUCGAAGGACAUGAGAGCAAAACUUGAAGAAGCUAUUUUGGGAAGCAUAGGGGCAAGGCAAGAAAUGGUGCGAAGAAGCAGAGGGCAGCUAGAAAGAAGUCCAUCUGGGAGUGCGUUUGGAAGUCAAGAGAAUCUAAGAUGGAGAAAGGAUAUGACUCACUGGCGUCAAAACACAGAAAAGCUUGACAAAAGCCACAAACCACUCAGAUCAAGGGCAGAGAUAGAACAUGAAGCGCUUAUUGAUGGAAAUCUUGCAACUGAAGCAAAUCUGAUUAUUUUGGAUACAUUAGAAAUAGUUGUCCAGACGGUGUCUGUGACGGAAUCCAAAGAGAGCAUUCUCGGUGGGGUGCUGAAAGUUCUUCUCCACAGCAUGGCCUGUAAUCAAAGUGCACUUUAUCUGCAACACUGCUUCGCCACGCAGAGAGCUCUGGUUUCAAAGUUCCCUGAGCUGCUGUUCGAAGAAGAGACCGAGCAGUGUGCUGAUCUCUGCCUGAGGCUUCUGCGACACUGCAGCAGCAGCAUUAGUACCAUACGGUCCCAUGCGAGUGCCUCUCUUUACCUCCUUAUGAGGCAGAACUUCGAGAUUGGAAAUAACUUUGCCAGAGUGAAAAUGCAGGUGACCAUGUCCCUCUCGUCCCUGGUGGGAACGUCCCAGAAUUUCAAUGAGGAAUUUUUGAGACGUUCUCUGAAGACUAUUUUGACGUACGCUGAAGAAGAUCUGGAACUCCGGGAGACGACAUUCCCAGAUCAGGUCCAGGAUCUUGUGUUCAACCUCCAUAUGAUCCUCUCUGAUACGGUUAAAAUGAAGGAACACCAGGAAGAUCCAGAAAUGCUGAUAGACUUGAUGUACAGAAUUGCGAAGGGCUAUCAGACUUCCCCAGAUCUGCGACUGACCUGGUUACAAAACAUGGCUGGAAAGCAUUCUGAAAGGAGCAAUCAUGCUGAAUCUGCCCAGUGUUUGGUCCACUCGGCAGCCCUUGUGGCUGAAUAUUUAAGCAUGCUUGAGGAUCGAAAAUACCUUCCAGUAGGGUGUGUAACAUUUCAGAACAUAUCUUCAAAUGUUUUGGAAGAAUCCGCAGUUUCUGAUGAUGUUGUCUCACCAGAUGAAGAAGGUAUCUGUUCUGGGAAGUAUUUUACAGAAGCAGGUCUGGUGGGAUUGCUGGAACAGGCUGCAGCAUCUUUCUCCAUGGCUGGCAUGUAUGAAGCAGUUAACGAGGUUUACAAAGUCCUUAUUCCUAUUCAUGAAGCUAACAGAGAUGCCAAGAAACUGUCCACAAUUCAUGGUAAACUCCAAGAAGCAUUCAGCAAAAUUGUUCAUCAGAGUACUGGCUGGGAGCGGAUGUUUGGUACAUACUUCCGGGUCGGUUUUUACGGGACUAAAUUUGGAGACUUGGAUGAACAAGAAUUUGUGUACAAGGAGCCCGCGAUAACAAAGCUAGCCGAAAUUUCCCAUAGACUAGAGGGAUUUUACGGCGAGCGAUUUGGUGAAGAUGUGGUUGAAGUGAUUAAGGACUCUAACCCUGUAGACAAAUGCAAACUAGAUCCUAACAAGGCCUACAUUCAGAUAACCUAUGUGGAGCCCUACUUCGACACAUACGAGAUGAAGGACAGGAUAACCUAUUUUGACAAAAACUACAACCUGCGGCGUUUCAUGUACUGCACGCCCUUCACCCUGGACGGACGUGCUCAUGGGGAGCUGCAUGAACAGUUCAAGCGGAAGACAAUCUUGACGACCUCCCAUGCUUUUCCUUACAUUAAAACCAGAAUAAAUGUCAGUCACAAAGAAGAGAUAAUUUUGACACCCAUCGAAGUUGCCAUAGAGGACAUGCAGAAAAAAACACAGGAAUUGGCUUUUGCGACUCAUCAAGAUCCAGCAGACCCAAAGAUGCUCCAAAUGGUGCUGCAAGGUUCAGUAGGUACAACGGUAAAUCAGGGACCAUUAGAAGUUGCACAGGUUUUCUUGUCUGAAAUACCCAAUGAUCCAAAGCUCUUCAGACACCAUAACAAACUACGGCUCUGUUUCAAAGACUUCACAAAAAGGUGUGAAGAUGCGUUACGCAAAAACAAAAGCCUGAUAGGUCCAGACCAAAAGGAAUAUCAGCGGGAGCUUGAAAGGAACUAUCACCGGCUCAAGGAAGCGCUCCAGCCCUUGAUAAAUAGAAAGAUCCCGCAGUUAUACAAGGCAGUUUUGCCUGUCGCUUGCCACAGACUCCUUCAGCAGAAUGAGCCUUCGCAAAAUGGACAUCUAAACAAGUUUUCCAAAAUGCACUUAAUUUUAAGGUAUUGAAAAGAGCAAGCCAUGUUAUCAGCGUUGGGAAUCAAAGAAGUUUUAUUGAGAAAUAAAACUUGGACUUCAUCCUGGACACCAUACAUACACCCAUUUUACUUACUUACAUUGAAGUGUUAAGUGGCCAAAAAUUAUUCUGAAUUGUCCAAUGUAGACUUAUUGAUGUUUAAAAAAAAUCAUGGCAGUGGUAUGCAAAGUACUGGUGAUAUGCUGUAAACUUACCUGUUUUUAAGGCAUUUUUAUGACUCAAAGGUACACUAAAUGCAUUUACCAUUAUUUAUAGCAUUACCUAAUGUUAAAUAUAUUUCCUUUUUAGUUCAUAUAUUUAAUUUAUAUUAGGAGCAUUUGCAAAUGCAUUUUUGAACAGUUUUUAAUGUAGUGCUGGUUAUUUCAAUGGUACUAUUAAAUAUGUGAAUGUUUACAUUUUAAUUCACUACGUGUUGGACUUCAGAGCUCAUCACCCUUGAGGAGAAAGCUAGAAAGAAAGGUAAGUCUUAAGACAACAAUUCUUAAAUGAGUGACCAUAUCAUCUCUAACUUGUUUUUGUAUCUUUGAUGGGGACUGCUGCAAGGAAAAAAACUUUACAUAUGCUCCUAAGAUAAUGACUUUUGUUGUACAUAGGAAUGUGUUACCACUUACUCUAACCUGUUUCUUCUGUACUGGUAAAGUAGAUGUAUUGCUACAGUCUUGUUUACACUGUAAUUUCUACUAAACCAGGAAACCCAGUUACAGCACAGUAGUCCCCUCAUGUGUAUAGUUUAGCCUUGCAGUGUGCUUGAGGUAAAGCUUUUUAUUGUCAUCUUUUUAUUAUAAUUUUAUAUAAAAACACAUCUUGGAAGAAAAUGACAUACACAUUUAAAUAAAUUAAAAUAAAAUAUACAUAUAUAAUUGCACUGGUGCUUAGUAGAAGUUACAGUUUACAUUUUAUUACAUACAAAAAAACUACAUUUUAAAGAAAGUUCUUUAAGUUGCUAAGUCAAGCUCUUGAAAGUUAGGAAACCCCAGAUUUAUGGUUGCCUGGCAACCUUAAUUCUGACUCUUUACAUUUCCAACCUAUGCACUGAGAGAGGGGUUCUCUAAAAAUAAUGGUAUAUGAUAGUGUAACUAAAUCAUACUGCAUAUGCACAAGGGGGCACAUUAAGGUUGCUUGUGCAACUAUAAAUCCUGUCUCCUAAUUUUUGAGUGCUGGAUUUUGAAAUCUAAAUAACUUUCUUUUAACAUAGUUUUAUUGUAUGUACUUUGUAAUGCUUUUUUUUUUUCCUUAAGGUAAAAAUUGAACAGCAUUUCUCUUCUCUUUAGAAGAUUACUUUGGUAGCCAAAAUUUUCCUGAAGAACACAAGUUAUACAGAAGUAAUUAUUUUUAACAGUUUAUAUCUCAGCUAGAUCUGAAUGGAAUUUGGUGGCCAAAGAAAAUGCAUUUCUCUAGCCUAAGGGGUUUUCUCCACGCCAAUUUCAGAGGCCUGCAGCAAAAAAUGGAAGUUCAAGAACUUUUGUAGCAGAAAGGUUGCAAGAACCUUUUAUAACAGAAAAUGAUAAGCAACUUAAAUAUAAAGGUCGCUGUAGCUCCCCCACAUUGAAGGGAUAUUUAAAAUCAAGAAGGAAAGGUUAAUAGCCCCAAUAUAAUUAACUCAUUACAUACAAUGUUCUGUUAUACGUUCACAUCUAAAGGAACGAUGUCCAUUCUUAAAUCUUAAACCUUAAACCCACUGUAAUCCGUGGAAAGACUCCCACUGACUACAACGGGUGUAAGACCAGGACCCCAAGUCAAUGUAAAUCUGGAGAGUUUAUCCCAGAUUCAGACAGUUUUUAUAUUUAGAUGAUUAGAUGAUUUUAUAUUUAGAUGGUUAAUCUAAAAAUUGUGAUGGAGCGUUACCUUAUGUAUCAUUUUGUAAAGUUAAAUAGUAAUUCUGACCUAUUUGUUUUCAGUUGCAGAGAAACAAUAGUCUGAGUAAUUUAAGACUGCAUUUGUUCAACUAUUGUAAAUUGACAUUUCAGGAAUGGUAGAAAUGGCUUUAGGCAAGUAAGCAUCUGAUACAUCUGUUCCCAUUCUUAGUUCCGAACUUGUACCAGAGGAUAUUUUUCAUUCAGUCAGUAUUCAGUAGGAUUGUGUAAAAUGCUUGAUUGUUUAUAAAUGAAGAUGUUUCUCUACAGCUGUUCCAUGUAAUUAUGGAAGAGAGCUGGAUCUAGCAUUGGUUAUACUGUCGUCUUUGUUCCAUGUAAAAUUGUUUCAAUAUCCUGUUGUGGCUGUAAUUGAUUGAAGGACUUAUAUUAAGGAAACAAUCUUUCAGGGCUCUAAUCCCUUUAUGGGCCAAAAUUUUGAAAAAGGUAUUUUCAUUUGCAGGCUGAAAUUGAGCAAGCCCUACACUAGGUGUGGUAGGAUUGUGUGGUAGGAUGUUUUAUAUUUAGGGCUUUUUGAUUGUGCCAGUUUUUCAGGGUAGGACUAUACUCAGAUUGGACAAUUCUUGUUUUAGACCAAAUAAUUUAGUCACUUUCUGUUGAUACCUACUGUGGAGAAAGAAGGCAUCAAGAGGCAUGCAGAGCCAGAUUUCUCUCUCUUUUGGAAAAAGAAUCAUUAUAGACUUAUUCAAAUAAUAAAGAGCUUAUAUUAGCAUAA